GCCAGUCUUAUUAAAACAUGGAGUUUUAUGAAACACAAGUAAUACGCGUCUUGUCACAAAAACAUUAAAUACGCGGCUUAAUGUGACUAUUAAUAUGUGGUUUUUACUAAUUAAUGUAUAAUAAAAAUAUGGUAAUCGUGUGUUAGUGUUAUUUAGAAAAGAAAUAUUAUGACUACAAAUAUGUACCGGGUCGGAGAUUAUGUCUACUUUGAGACAUCAUCAUCGUCACCUUAUCAAAUUCGUCGAAUAGAAGAACUAAAUAAAACGCCUUCCGGCAAUGUUGAGGCUAAAGUAAUGUGCUUUUACCGACGAAGAGAUUUGCCAAAUCCUUUAGUUCAACUAGCUGACAAACAUCAAAUUGAAACGUCGGACGAGUCACCAGUAGCCAUGAAAUUGAAGAAAAUGUGGCUGAAAUUACCUGUUUGCGAGGAACAAGCUGUUCAAUCCACCGUCGACGAUUCAAUGGAUGCGCUAGAAGAAGAACGAAACAGUCCGUGUGCGAAUUUCCCAAACAAAGUCAAAGGGGAGUCCUUAUCACAAAAACAACGUCAUCAAAUGAAACAUCGUGAACUGUUUUUAUCGCGACAAGUUGAAACAUUGCCGGCCACGCAUAUUCGAGGAAAAUGUUCGGUGACAUUGUUGAACGAAACGGAAUCGCUACUUAGCUAUUUAAACAAAGACGACACAUUUUUCUAUUGUCUUGUGUUCGAUCCUACACAAAAAACACUAUUAGCUGAUAAGGGGGAGAUACGUGUAGGUAGCAGUUAUCAAACGGAAGUGCCGCCACUAUUGCGCGACGGUGAAAAAGAUCCCAGAUUAACAGAAAGUUUGGAGACCCUUGUGUGGACACCACAUCACAAUCUAACAGAUAGGAAAAUAGAUCAAUUUUUAGUGGUGUCAAGAUCUGUAGGAACUUUUGCUCGUGCCCUGGAUUGUAGUAGUUCUGUUAAACAGCCGUCCCUCCAUAUGUCAGCCGCAGCGGCUAGUCGUGAUAUAACUUUAUUUCAUGCUAUGGACACAUUGCAUAAACAUACAUAUUCAAUCGAAUCGGCAAUGUGUUCACUAGUUCCGUCGAGUGGUCCAGUUCUAUGUCGAGACGAAAUGGAAGAGUGGAGUGCGUCCGAAGCGAAUCUAUUCGAAGAAGCACUGGACAAAUACGGAAAAGAUUUCAACGACAUUCGACAAGACUUUUUGCCGUGGAAAACUCUAAAAAACAUUAUCGAAUACUAUUACAUGUGGAAAACAACCGACAGAUAUGUGCAACAGAAACGGUUAAAAGCUGCCGACGCUGAAUCGAAAUUGAAACAGGUCUACAUUCCCAAUUACACAAAGCCCAAUCCAGCUAUCAUAAAUAAUUCGUCGAAGGGAAUAAUGAAUGGCAGUUCGAAUGGUAAUGGCAACGAGAUCGCAACAAUAAAUGGUGGUAAACCAUGUGAAUCGUGCUCGGGAAUAACAUCGACACAGUGGUACUCUUGGGGUCCAACGCAUAUGAAUUGUCGCAUAUGUCAUUCAUGUUGGACGUACUGGAAAAAGUAUGGAGGCCUUAAAGCAGCAUCACGAUUAGCUGAUAGUGAUAUUGAAAUGGUUAAAAAGAAGAGCGAUGUUGAUGAUGGAACGAAUGAUCUAUUAAAUAGACCAUCUCAUAGAUGUUCGAUUGUUAACUGUGGCAAAGAGUUUAAAGUAAAGGCACAUCUAGCUAGACAUUACGCUCAAUAUCAUGGCAUUGCAAUCCGGUCUGGAUCGCCACGACCAAUUAUGAAGACACGAACUGCAUUCUAUUUGCACACAAACGGCGCUACGAAACUAUCAAGACGAAUUUGUAGGCAAAUUAUUCGAUCGAAAAAGGCAGCCAGACAGCCGUCGUUUGCCAUCAAUAUUCAGGCGGCUAAACAAGAAUUUUCACUCGCAAUGAAAGGCAAAUCCGUUGCGGACAUCGCUCAUCUGUUGGUAUAUAAGAAAAAAGACCGAGGCAGUGUCACGCAUAUUGCAGAUCGAUUAGGCAGACCCGGUACAGUUGUCGGAGAUUGGCUGAUACUUACACCAAAGGAUAAAAUGCCCAUACCAGAUAAGGUAUGGUUCCCGAAGCCGCCAAAGGCACCCGAUGGCAGUUUAAUGUACGAACGAAUACCAAAUAAGCCGGAACCAGAGAAACCACCUUUGCCGGUCUUAAACACAAAUGCUAAUUCGUCACCUUUGCUGAAGAAGCGACCGUUUGAAGAAUUAAAUGGAGGCGACAGUUUUUAUUCUGACACGGACUGGGAUGAUGGCAUUGCUGUAGUCGGCCCUCCAUCGAAAAGACCAAAUAAAGAUCCAAUGCCAUCACAUCGACCAACGCCUGAACAGUAUGCUGCAAUGAUGGCCGCCGCUGCCGCUGCUGGUCAGCCAUUGCCUAGACAUCACAUGAACGGAAAACCUAAAAUUGCUCAAAUGACUAGGACAGGCUCUGGUCGAAAACAGGUUAUUAGUUGGAUGGAUGCUCCGGAUGAUGUUUAUUUUCGGGCAACAGCUGCUAGCAAAAAAGCUCGUAAAACCUUAACAAUUGUUGACCUGCGAAGAGCAGCACGUAAACCAUGGCGACAUUUACAAAAUUUCAAAGGUACACCCCCGCAACUUUCAGCAUCGGUUCCAACGCCCGUACCAACAACUCCCAGCGAAUUACAGGUUGUGAUAUUAGACUGACCCGAGCCUCACCCUCAUCCAUACAACAUGGACGCUCUUCUCAAUCUCAAUUAACAAAAAAAAGUGAAAAAAAACUAAAAAAAAAUAAAUAAAAAGAAACAAAAAUUUACAAAAAAAAUAAUUAAUUAUUGAAUUGAUUAAUUUGGACGAAGAUAAAAGAAAAUGGAGA